GCAGAAACUGAGGCUACAGCAACUGCAGCGAGAACGGGAUUUCAUGCGUCAGCGCACUGAAGAAAUCCGUCGCCAGAUGGAGCAGCAGCAAUCAAGAUUGCGUGUCGAUGGAUCUGUGUCAUCCUCUCAGGAGCUUGCGGCGCGGCGGAUGGACGCCACGCCGGACCAGCCGAGCUCGUCGUCGCCGCCGGGCGUCGUGAGCUCGUCCGCCGUCCUGGGCACGGACGCCUUCCUGGGCAACACCGGCGCCGUGGGGAUCGGGAUCGUGGCCGCCACCGGCACCACCAACGUCCAUUCGCGGGAAGAAAGCGCCGACUCGGGCCUCGGCCUCAGCACCAACAACUCCUACUCGCUGCCACACACACCCGAGGACUUCCUGGGUGCCAACACCGGCUACGAUGAGAUGGACUCCACA